CCUCCAAUAUGGCCACCAUUUCUGGAGCUUCCCCACGCCGAGACGCCCAAUCGGGUGCCAUGCCACCCGAGACUCCUUACGAUCGCCCCGGGUUUCUCAAUUCAGCUCUGUAUAACCCUAAUUGGAUCUCCAGGAACAUUUUCCCUCCAACUCGCGCCAUUGUUACUGGUGCCGCCCGGGUGCUCACCUCUGUUCUUGGCUUUGAAUCCUCCUCCUCUUCGUCUUCGGAAUGCGGAUCCUGUCCAGAUGACUCUCUUGACAACAAUGAUGACCAGGAAGUCUCAUCUCAAGGGGUUCAUGCAAGUGAAGUUCAUGUACACAUUCCUGACACAAUUGAUGAUAAUAAUUAUCUUAGAGGACGCUUUAGUUGUUUCUUUGGGGGACAUCAGAGAGAGCCCCAAUCUUUUGCAGGAAAGAACAAAGCCAAGCAUAUAGUAGAGCAGCUUCUCAUGCAGGAGUCUUUCUCAAGGCAAGAGUGUGAUAAACUAACAGAUAUUAUCAAGUCGAGAGUUGUGGAUUCUCCCGCAAUUUGUGGCUUGGGGAUUGGGAGACUAGAUGAAACACCUGAGAGAACAGGUGGAAAUAAUGCUGAAAAUCAUGAUUUUUGCAACAAAGCUGUUUUUGAGGCGGCAACAAAGUUGUUGGAGGAGGAGAAGUCAGGACUAAAUUAUAAGUCAGAAGUGCCUCAUGGGACCUGUGCACUGAAUUCUGUUGUGCUGAAACAUGAUGUUGAAGGUGAAGUGGGAUCACCUAUGGACAUGGCCAGGUCAUACAUGCAAACCCAUCCUCCAUGGGCAUCACCUUCUAAAAACAAUACUGAUUUUAGAUCUCCAUCAUCAGUUGCAAUGCCACUCUUCAAGGAAGAGACACCGUAUUCGAUUGGGGCCAAUUUCCUGUACUCAUGCAAGCGGAAAAGAAAUUCUCUUGCCACCGGCUCAUGGAACAUCCAAGAUGAAAUACGAAAAGUGAGAUAUAAAGCAACGGAAGAAAUGCUGGGGAAUCUACCGUCCUCAACAAUUGCUUGGUCUUCAUUUCCAUCAGAACAUAAAAAGGUUCUUGAUUCUAUAGUUGCCAAUAACUUAGAACCUGCUAAGGAAGACAAGUCACAUAGUUCCAAUAGGCCAGUAGAAGCAUCUAUAUGCCUGGCUGCAAAACCAGCUUCACAGAUUACAAAAGAUGUAUUUCAUAUUGGUGCUUUACCAAGAUCAACUCCACUUGAUUGUGAACAAAAACUGGCUAUGCAAACCACUCAAAGCAUUGAGGUGGAAAAAGACGAGACAUUAGAGGUGGGGCAAAGACUUCAAUCACCAAUAUAUAUAAAGACCGAACCACAUAGUGAUGUUGAUGAUCCCGAUGCCAAUCGUUUAAAGGAAUCCAAUGGGCCUAUCCAACCGUUUAGCUGUACUAAUGAAGGAACUGUUCAGGAUUCACAGGUAGAAGAUAAAAACCAUUGGACAUUAAAAAAAGUUGCUGGAAUAGGCAGCCCCAGCCGGUUCCCUUCAGGCUCCAAUAUGUCUUCUGAAGCGGAUAAAGAGCAAAAUCCUAGACCAAUUAUUAGCAAGGAAGACGAGGCAGUUGCACGCGGAGAUGACAAUGCAUCUGGAGUUGCGGCAGAGGAGAAGCGUAAGCUUCUGUGUGAGGCUUCUACGGAGGUGCCAACGGCAAAUGAAACCGAUGCUCCUGCCUCUGGUUCCCAACACAGUUGGAACAUGCAGCAUGAAGGUUCGCCAGACCAGAAUACACCAACCUCAAAAGGCAGCUUGGCAGGCAAAAGCGACUAUAGUACAGAGAAGCAGCAGCAGCAGCAGCGACAGGGAGACAAAGUGAGCAGAUACAGCAUGAGAGACAGAGAACGACGGCGAUGA